AAAAAAGUAAUUUAAUAGUUAACGCCAAACACAGUGCACAUGAUAAAGCGUGUUGUCCAGACAAGCUAUUUCUCCCCACAAAGGUACGCGGCAAUUUACUAAAGUUGCCUAUCCUGACAGGAGAACUUUAUGGACAGGACAAUACGUGAAGAAUCCAGGAGGUGAACUGUGAAGGGUAAAAAAGCUAAAAGAUGUCAGACGUGAAAACAUCUUGGAAUAGAAUUAAGGAACAUGUUGGCAGUACCCCGACCAUGGUGUUUUCCGUCAUUGGUGAUUCAGACAGCUUUGUCCCUAGACCCUGGGCCAAAACAGUAUUCCAGACAGCAUUGAUUGAGGCGGCUAAAAGUGGAGGGGAGUCGUGGAUAUUAUACCGUGGUCAUAAAAACGGAGUGUCGGAUAUCAUACGCGAUGCUUAUAGGAAUUAUGGGGACAUGGAAUUUGGGACAGGCAACGUUAACAAGCCAGAUGAGGAUACUCAAAUACAUUAUACAGAUAUCAAGAAGCCAUUGACGGAUGUUGAGCGGCAUGUCAAACUCAUCAGCAUUGCGGGGAAACAGCCGAUCUAUGAUGCAUCGUCACCAUUACACACUGAAGCGUCGGGCGCUGGAGAAGAUUUUUUGUUAAAGUUUGAAAAGUUUGUUUCUGAACGAGAAGUGUCUUUCUUCAGUCAAAAAAUGGAUUUCAAAAUGCCUGUUCCCAUAGCAAUCAUUGUAUGUGAAGGCGAUAUCAAAACUAUUGCGCACAUAUCUGAUGCACUGGAAAUGAAACUACCUGUGAUUAUAAUUAAAGGCUCUGGAAAAGCUGCCGAUUUGAUAUUGGACUACCUGGAAAAUUCAGAAAUGCGGAGGAAGAAAGCAAGCUUGGUGUUUGGGAUACGGUUUGAUGAUAAUACCUACGAAAAGCUGGAAAUGUACCUCGAUACCAUUGAAAAGAAAAAAGAUUUGAUUGGUGUAUUUGAUGUGGACAAUGACGAUCCCUUGAUGCUGUCAAACAUUGUUGGUGAAGCUGUCGUCAGUUGCUGGGCUAUUGAGAACAUUCUUACGGAAAAGAUCCAACAUCUUCAAUCCCCUUCUAUUGAAACAAGACCAAAGACAGCAUUUCCAAAUCCCAAAGCCAAUGGUCUUGUAAUGGCUGGAUCAUCGGUGGCCUGGAAACUAGUAAAGAGAAAUUCAGUGCAGCCUGAGCAGAAAAAAAUGAUGCAGCUAUUGGGGGACUACAAGAAGGAGUCUAGAGCCUAUGUACUGAAUCCGAAGUUCGCUUCUCCUACGUCACUUCCACUUUACUUCUACUUUGGAUAUCAGCUUCUUCAGGAAUCAAACUUAUUAAUGCGCAGUGGUCGUAUUCUCCUUCUUGAAGCACUGAAAGCUAACCGCUGUGAUUAUGUGAGAGUUUUAUUGGAUCACGGAGUGAAAUUGAAACAUAAGGACUUACCGGAAUUGUAUGACGAGACUGUUUCUUGUGAGGAGUGUAAAUUCAAAGAAAAGGACUGCCUUCACAUGCAGUGGAUAUUGAAGCAAAUUCAAGAAGACCACGCUAAGAAAUUGUGUCAUAAAUACAGAUCAGUUAUGAAGAAACUAAAAAAGGCAAAGGAGGAGGAAAAGGACAAUGAGGAACAAGAGAAGGCAAAGAAAAAAGUUAAAAAGUAUCGGAAAAAGAUGCGAAAAAUACACAAUUCAGUCGCAGAAGCAGCCAAAGGUUUAUGUCGCAAGAGUUUGAGAUAUAAAGGUACGGACAAAAAAUCAAAAAAUGAACCAAAAGCUGAACAGACAGUCACAAUAACGACCGUUUCAGAAACCGAAGAAACAGACGAAGAAGCAGAUGAAGAAACAGAUGAAGAGACAGACAAAGAAAACGACGACUCUAAGAAAAAUAUCAUAGGAAAGGCAGAUGUAUACAUUUCCGAUCUUUUGCUUUGGGCGAUAUUUGCGAACAGAAGAGAACUAGCCGAAAUUUGCUGGCUUCGAAGCGAAGAUCAUCUACUGACAGGUUUAGUAUGCUCAGCUCUGCUACAGAAGUUAGCUAACAAGGCAAACAACGUGAAAGAACAGGUCCUAUCGAGUGAUUUGGAGGAACAUUCAAAAUUGUUUGAACAACGUUGUAUUGCAAUCAUGGAUCGCAUGUACGAAGAGAACACGAAACACGCCAUUGAUCUGAUGGACGACGAGGCCGUGGUCUGGGGAAUAGAAUCCAGUCCUUUGACCUUUGCAUAUGAAAACUUCAUGUAUGACGUAGUGGCGCACACGUGUUCUCAGAAGAAUAUGAAUAAACAGUGGUACAACAACCUUGCCCCCGACUUUGUGCCAUUUUUAAAAUCUGCAUUCCGAAGACCCAAGAAGUUCUUCACAGCACCACUGACAAAAUACAUUUACAACUAUAUUAUGUUUUUGUCUAUGUUGGUGAUGUAUAGUGCCUUUGUACUGACCAGCAUAAGUACUGAGUAUUACGUCCAGGACAUCGCCAGAAUCUUUGAAUACUAUGUGUAUUUCUGGGGUGCGGGUGAUUUCAUUGAGGAGCUCAUCAGCUGUUUUGGAUGCCUUGAUGUAAAAGGUCGUUCACAUCGUAGUUACUACUCCCGGACGAAAAGAUACCUUUAUGACUUCUGGAACGUGGUGGAUCUUUUGUCCUACGCCUUACUGAUUACAGCGUUGUUAGUGCGUCACAUGUACCCCUCCGAAACCUUUACCAUUGCCAGGAGAAUGUUUUCCCUAUCGCUUCUUGUCAUGUAUCUGAGGUUUCUUGAAGUAUUUCUCAUCCACAGGAGACUGGGACCUACUCUUAUUAUGAUCAAGGAAAUGUUGAAGGAUCUAUUUGGUUUCCUGUUCGUGGCAGUCUUUAUUGUGAUAGGAGUUGGGAUUUACUACCACGCAAAUCUCUGGCCGGAUCAUCAGGGCAUGUGGGAUGGUGACUGGACAAAGUGGAGAAUUUGGCAAAUUAUUUACUACCCCUAUUUUCAACUCUAUGGAGAGUUAUUCAAUGAUUUUUUGGAAGGCAAAGACCUAUCAGACUGUUCUCACAAUACUUCGGUGUGGCAGUCCGACUCUUCCAUUGAGCGUUGCCCUCAAGAAGACUGGACAGUGUUAGGCGUUUCAGCAAUCUACAUGUUAUUCUCUAAUCUUCUGUUGGUUAACCUCGUUAUUGCCAUGUUCAGCUACACAUUUGAAAGGGUUCAAGAGAACUCCGAAAAAUUAUGGAGGUUUGAGAGGUACACCGUCAUCAGUGAUUACGAAUGGAGAAUACCUUCUCCUAUCAACAUUAUAUUUCUUCCGUAUCGUUUUUGCUGCUGCCCAGGCAGGAAAGGAUGCUGCCUCGAGGAGUGCAAAAUCUGUUGCGACCCAGACAAAGCCGAUAAGAAAGAGAAGAAAAAAGAUGAAGCCAUGACGUUUCGUAGAAACUUCCAAAGGAUAACAGCAUUCAGAAUACUCAAUAAACUGUAGUGAGGAAGGUGAUCGUCAUUUUGUGUAAUCAUGCUAUAAAGGAAAGACAGAAUUAGCUUUGAGAUUUCGAAACGUUUGGAGUUGAUGUUUAAGAAUAGCAUGUGAUUUUUAUAGUAGAUGCUUUGAGUGUGUAACAAUAGCAUUAUGUGUGAAGCCCAUGAUACAAACAAAGGUAUUGUGAUCAAUGUUAUAGAUGUAGAGUUAUAGAUUCUUAUGCCAUUUGCAAUUUAUGAAAUGCUUUACAUUGGUUGUGGUAAAAAUCAUCUCUCUUACUACUACUGCAUAUUUCGGUGAAAUUCUAUUUUUUCAUUAAAUGAAUUUCAAUGUAUACACUGUAUAUAUGUUGAAAGAUUCAAUGAAGUUUUACAAAGAUCAACGUAAAGAGUGCUCAAUAAAAUCCUCAUCUAUA